AUGACUGACCCCAAGAUCGUUGGUGUACUUCGUGGUGCACAUCGCAACAUUGAGAGUUACGUUAUUCCUAUACGUGCCCAUGACGCUACGAUCAUAGGCAGCCUUCCACAAAGCGAUUUCCAGAUCAAAGACCCCAGAAUCAGCUAUUUCCACGCCGUGAUACACACAGUGAAAUACCAUGACGAUGGCAUCGAUGUCCCCUUUAUUGAAGAUUUGAGCGAGAAUGGGACCUACCUCAAUCACCAGCCGAUCGGAUGCAGGCGAACAGCAGCAUUAUUCCAAGGAUGUAUCAUAAGCUUUGCCACGUCUGAUUUUGAGUUUUAUUAUAUACCAACAAAGGUAUACGAGGUUGCUCAGUACAGAGAUGUCGAAGUAACACUUGCCACAGCAAUUGAGGAAUUCAUACCAAAUAAUGGAAUAACGAGCGACAAGGAAGACCAUGGAUCACAGCAAGGAAACGACGACAUUAUCAUUCGCUUGACCGAUCUGAUUGCGAAAGGUGGUGAGGCCUCUAUUCAUCUUGCCAUACCUCUCAAAGCACAAGUUUAUCCCGUGGCAUGCAAGGUCAGGAACUACAAGUCUAUUGGACAAACAUCAGUAAGGGUUCAAGAAGAGAUUGAAAUCAUGCGUUAUUGUCAACAUGUUGGUAUCCUUCCCCUUCUUGGAGUCCAUAAACCUGAUCCGAAGAGUGAUUGCUGGUAUCUUUUGACGCCAUUAGCCACAGGUGGUGACUUGAAUUGGAAAAUUCGAGCUUGGCAGAAGGCAUGGGCGUUAAAGGAAAAGGAAAAAGGCAACAACAACAACAACAGCGACGACCUUCCAUUCCUAGGGUGCAUGUCAGUCAUACGAUGCAUAUUCUAUCAGCUUGCCAUGGCAGUAUAUUAUUUACAUAGCGAGUUUCUAGACAGCAGAGAAACAAAGCCGAAACGAGUAAUCAUUCAUGGAGACAUCAAGCCGUCAAACAUCCUUAUAUGUGACAAUUCAAACUUUCCUCGGGUCGUCCUUGGUGAUUUCGGAAGCGCUUUUUUCAAAGAAAAGGCUGAUAUCAGGUUAACAGAAGGAGGAACAUACCCGUAUUGGGCGCCCGAAUUAUUUCGCAAGCACCAAGAAACGGGUGUCAGGAUCGAUGAGCCGGAGAAGAUUGACAUUUGGGCACUGGGAUUGAUAUUAUACGAGAUGAUCGGUCGCUGUCACGCACUUGUGGAUACGGGGUCACUUGAUUACAAUCAGAUUAUGGCAAACAUCUAUAACAAUGAGCCGAAUUUUGAUGGCGCUGCAUGGAGUGAUAUCGGCCCAGAAGUAAAACUUAUCAUCCAAUGGUGUCUAAAGAAGAAUCCAGCAGAGCGGCCGACGAUAAAGCAAUUGUUGGGUAUUGGCGGAGCGAGUAGUCCGGACACUAUUGAAGGCAAAGCGAGCGAAUGGAUACAUAAUGGAUGCGACAUUGAGCGUUUUGGAGAAUUUGUUGCAAGAGCUCGGGCCGAAAAAUCCAUUUGGUCUGGGCAGUUUUUCGUCAACAAUGCAACUUCAUCACAAAGCACUGAAAACGAAGGCGAAGAAUCCAAGGACAUUGCUGCAAAAAUGGAUCAUCUUCUCGUCAGGAACCUUGACAGCUAUGACAGGGGCAUUAUUAAAAAUAUGACAGGCAAAGAGAAGCACAUUCGGCCUGGGCAAUUUCCAAAUAGUAGAUGGAUGUUGGAGGUGUUGGACGAUGAGCCUAGUAGUAGUUAG